UUGCUGUACAAUUCAGUUACCUUUGGCUCUUUCAGCAGCCUGUGCCAUCACUGCAGUAGAGGAGCACGCCCUCCUGCUCCCCAGGCCAGAGCAGCUCUGAGUUGUCUCAUCUCUAGUAAUUGCCUUUUCACAUUGUGCUGCUUGAUAAAUGCCCCUAAGAUGGGCCAACAUCUUGAACUCAUGAUUGACCCAAGUUGUGGUAUGGGUCAGUUCUUCAUUGCUCUUUAUGAUAGCAUAAAUCCCAGUAGGUGGGUGAACCACAUUUUGUUGAUCUGUUUAUCUAUGGGCAAACUUUUGGGUGUUUUCUUUUUUCUUUUUAAAUUGUGUGUGUGUGUGUGUGCGUACACGCACUGGUGCUGACAGAAACUAGAAGAAGACAUUACUGGAACUGGAGUUACAGGUGGCUGUGAGCUGCAGUGUGGCUGCUGGGAACUGAGCUCCAGUCCUUUGCGAGGACUGAACUGAGCUCCAGUCCUUUGCGAGGAUUGGCCUCUCAGCUGCUGAGCCAGUUCCCUGCCCCACCCAGUUUCUUUUGUGCUGUUGGGAAUUGUAUUGCUUUGAACACUGAGUUUUCUUUUGACCUUGGCUGAGUACUUUGGAGGUAGAAACAGAAAGAUUUGAAAUUCAGGGUUAUCCUCAGCUACAGAGAACCUGGGCUACACAAGACCUUGUCUCAAAAGCCAGGAAGGCACGCACAGAGAUGAAUGGGUCAGGUAAUAUGAACCUACGAACACAGGGACCUGAGUUCAAGUCCAAGCAGCCAGAGAGAAAGCCGGUGUAGUGAAACACGCUUGCAGUUCCAUCACUGAGGAGGUGGAGACAGGAAGUCCCAGGACCCCAUGGACAGCAAGCCUAGCCCAAAUGGCAGCUUCUUGAAGCACUCAACAACCCUUACAAACCGACAGCGUGGGAAUGAAGUCUCAGCUCUGCCAGCCACCCUGGAUUCACUGUCCGUGCACCAGCUUGCAGCCCAGGGGGAGCUGAGCCAACUGAAGGACCAUCUCCGGAAGGGUGACAACCUGAUCAACAAACCAGAUGAACGUGGCUUCACCCCCCUCAUCUGGGCCUCAGCCUUUGGAGAAAUUGAGACAGUUCGCUUCCUGCUAGAUUGGGGUGCUGACCCCCACAUCCUGGCCAAGGAGAGAGAGAGUGCCCUGUCGCUUGCCAGCAUGGGUGGCUACACGGACAUUGUGAGGUUGUUGCUUGAUCGUGAUGUGGACAUCAACAUCUACGACUGGAAUGGAGGGACACCACUACUCUACGCGGUGCGUGGGAACCAUGUCAAGUGUGUAGAGGCCUUGCUGGCCCGGGGCGCUGACCUUACCACAGAGGCCGACUCUGGCUACACCCCAAUGGACCUCGCAGUGGCCCUGGGAUUCCGCAAAGUGCAACAGGUGAUGGAGAAUCACAUCCUCCAACUGUUCCAGAGAACUCUGGGGCCUGCAGACCCAGAGUGAAGAUGGCCUGCUGGGGAUCCAGGCACUCAGGGAACAAGCCAGGCUGCCCACAACUGGCUUGAGGCAGCUCCCGGACAGUGGUGGGAAGGGAUCUUCCCCAACAGGAACCAAUAAAUCUGUGCAGAAGUUGAA